UUGAGUUUUUUUCAAAAAUAUUUGACUUCGACGUGAUGCCUAGAAGAUAUUAAUUAUGCUGUGAUGCGUUUGUUGUUUAUUUACCUAAAAAUUCAUAUACAGAGUGUUCAGUAAGUCAUUGUUUGUAACAAUGAGAAGAAUAGAAACCCGUUUCCUGACUUACUGAACACCCUGUAUAAUUACUGAACGGGUCAUAGAUUAUUGUAAAAUAACAUUAAACAUGUGAGAGGGUGAAGUAUUGGCUAUGCACAGGUAUAGAUCAUUAAGUACAGUUUUUAAUAUAAAUACCAUAUCUCACCACCUCGAUAUGAAUCAUUUGUUUACUUGUAACACUUUAUGCUGAACAAGUACGCAUGUAAACUGACAUUCAAUCAAUUAAACUGUAUAUUUAAUCACAAACAAAAAAAAAAAAAAAAAAAUGAGUACGAUAAAAAAUUUGUACGAGAAAUGUAUUAAGGAUUUCAAUGUCACAAGAGAUUACAAUUUUAAAUAUUGUAAUUGUGAAACCAAUAAAUGUUAUCAACAUAGGGUAUUAUUAAGAGAUGCCUACCAUACACGCCGAUAUAUCGACAUUUGGGCCGAUGUAGUGAUCAGUUAUUUCGUUAAUAAUGCUGAAUAUGAAAAAUAUGAUGUGAUUAUUAAUGAAUUAAUUGAACGCUCAUCGGUCGAUCUGGAGAUUUAUUUGCGUGAAUUGUAUGAAAGAUUAUUUAUCACGAAAUCUGAUUAUGGGCAUCAACGUUGGCUUAACGUGAUUGAUAUUUCAAAGCAGAACGGUACAAUUACAUUCCCGUCUUUUGACUUACGUAUUGAGAUUGAAGCAUCAACCACGUUCCCCGCUAAUACGGCUGUAUAUGCUCUAAUAAUUUCAUACAAUGUAUUUACUUAUACACCUUUUGACGGAACUGUCCGUAUAUUUUAACAUUUUUUACAUAAACAUGUAAACAUUUAUUAUUA